AUGCCCGACGAGUCUGUAGCAAAAUCCCAGGCCAAGCCGCUCGUCAUCCUCUGCGAUGGCACGUGGUGCGGCCGCGAGACGGAUACGAAAACCAACCUCUACCUUCUCGCCCGGAUGGUUGGAAUCCAUAUCGACGAUUCGACAGACACACGUCCGCACGUCUUGGACGGCAGGGCAUGGUACAUGCACGGCGUCGGGCUCGGAAGCACAUUCAUGGAUUAUAUCUUCAACGGAAUAACGGGACAAGACAGCGCCGCGCAGUGCAUAGCGGCCUACCGGUUCCUCGUUGAUAAUUAUAGCUACCCCGACCGAGAGAUCUGGAUGUUUGGCCUGUCGAGGGGCGCAUUCCUGGUGCGGUCGAUUGCGGGCAUGAUCAACAACUGCGGCAUCGUCAAACGCGUCAUGAACGCAGACGGCAGCGUAAACUUUGCCGCAACCGACCUGCUCUGUCGCCAAGUCUAUAGCGUUUACCGCUCUGACGAUCCCAUCCACGCACCCCACUCGCCGCAGUCUCUAAGCUUUCGAAAAAACGCGAGCUGGCCGCUGGUCGGUGACGCCGGGCACGGUGACCAGCAACUCUGCCCACCCGUCAAGUUCAUGGGCCUCUUCGACACCGUAGGCAACCUGGGGAUCCCGGAUUUUGUUGGUGGUGUCGGGCUGGACUGGCCGCGGUUCCACGACCAGAAUGUUUCGACCGCGGUCGAGCUUGUCUACCACGCCCUGUCCCUGCACGACCGCUUUUACAUAUUCACGCCCUGUCUCGCCAAACGAAAACGACAGGCCGGCAAGCCGAACAACCAUGGCAUCACCCAGCAAUGGUUCCCCGGCGUGCACUAUGACCUUGGGCGACAGCGGUUCCGUUUCUUGCGCAUGUUUGGCGGAGGAUGGCUGGAACGACUGCUGGCGAGAUGGGGUUGGGCGAGCCGGGAAAUCGAGCCGAACGAGGUGUUGGCGGAUUUGGUGUUGAAGUGGAUGCUCGAGGCCGUACGAGCAAACGAUCCCCGUGGGGAGGUCAUCCCAACGCAACAGCUUGAUCUUGAAAUCGCGGCGGCGAAUCGCAGAAUGGUCAACGCAAACCGGCGUUCGGGGGACGGGGAUGUUUACCAGAACAUCAUCGCCUAUGCGCCGUUUGGGACCUUCACCCUACGCCUCUUGACGACGCUUUGGGGGACGCAAUGGCAGACCAAUCAGAUUUACCAGUUGUUCUUUGCGUUGAGGGAUCGCGCGGUGGCCGACUUGCAUUCGCGCGUCUAUGACUAUGCUGCGGUUGACCCGCACAUUCCGGACGCCCACGGUCGAACCGUCGAGGAGUUGGCAGGAAUAUCGAAUCGGAGAUAUCCGUCACGGGCCUACGAGACAUGGAGGCUGUAUCGCCGCAUUUUGGGUACGACUUAG